UUGGACUGACCGGGACUUUGGCUGAAUUAUCUGUCGGUUUCUUACAGGGACUUAUAUCGUGGAUCGGUUUGAGGCGUUACAGCCGAAGAGACAUGAGUGCUGGAAAACUUCUGCGCCGGAUGGACGUACCUGUCUUCAUUUUGCUUAUCCACCUCACUCACACUGAGAUGAGAGCUCUCUUGGGCAACAAGCAGGAAGUGGAUGAUCGAUGCCCCCUCGGCCAUUUCCCAUGUGGGAACAUGAGUGACUGCCUCCCACAGGCUCUGCAGUGUAACGGACACAGAGACUGUCCCAAUGGAGCUGACGAGCACCGCUGUUGGGACAACUACGGCUGGGCGGACUCAUUUGGUCGUACACUACAGGAUGCCAAACUUGUGGAACAGUACCUCCUAAAUGAGUGUUUGUUGCAGGAGUAUCCGGAGAGUUGUGACUGCAAACAGACAGAUGUGGUGUGUGUGGAGGUCAACCUGCAGGAUGUUCCUCGGCUCUCUCCUAACGUUACCUGGCUGUCACUGAGGAGAAAUGAGAUUCGAGUGUUGUCUGAUUUAGUUUUCUCAGAAUACUCUUACCUAGAGAGACUGUAUCUGCAAAACAACAGCCUCCAGUUCAUAUCCAAACACGCCUUCAGCGGCUUGUACAGUUUGAAGAGGUUGUUUCUCAGUGAAAACUUGAUAUCCUCCCUGAGUCCCGGUGUGUUCAGUGAUCUCCAUCAAUUACAGUGGCUGUUUUUGGAUCAUAACCCACUGAGCAUCCUGUCCCAGGACACUUUCACCGGGCUCCAGUCCCUCACGUACCUAUCCAUGGUGGGCACCGCGCUGCAGCAGCUCCCGCACCCCAGCUUCUGUCAACACAUGCCUGCCUUGGACUGGCUGGAUCUUGAAGGAAACCAGAUUCAAACUCUCAACCACUCAAUCUUGAAGUCCUGCAGCAAGCUUGAAGUUCUAAUUCUGAUGGACAACAGGAUCCGAAGAAUUCCUGAAAACACUUUCCAGUCUCUGUGGAAACUGGCUGACCUAAAUCUGUCCAGCAACAAGAUCAGGGAGUUGCCGAAAAACACUUUUAAGAGCCUCUCCAAGUCCCUCCUGAAACUAAACAUCUCCCACAAUCCCCUUCUCCACAUUCAUCCCAGCCACUUCAACCACCUGACACAUCUUCAAUCCCUGGCUCUGGAGGGGAUAGAGAUCCCAGGAAUUCAGACGAAGAUGUUUCUGCCUAUGAAGAACCUCUCCCACAUCUACUUCAAGACGUUCCAGUAUUGCUCCUAUGCACCUCAUGUCAGGUCCUGUAAGCCCAACACGGACGGCAUCUCGUCCUUUGAGGACCUGCUGGCUAACGUAGUGCUACGGGUGUCUGUCUGGGUGAUGGCCUUCAUUACCUGCUUCGGAAACCUCUUUGUCAUCUGCAUGAGGUCACUGAUACGAGCGGAGAACAACCUGCACGCUGCCUGCAUCAAGGUCCUCUGCUGUGCAGACUGCCUCAUGGGUGUGUACCUGUUUUUUGUUGGAGUGUUUGAUGUGAAAUUCCGCGGUCAGUACAAUCGUAACGCCCUGAUCUGGAUGGAGAGUGUUGAGUGUCGGACCAUUGGAUUCCUGGCCAUGCUCUCCUCAGAGGUGUCUGUUCUCCUCCUCACCUACCUGACUCUAGAAAGGUUCUUGGUCAUUGUCUUCCCCUUCAGCAAUCUGCGCCCGGGCAAACUUCAGACUGUGGUGGUCCUGGCCUCUAUCUGGCUCCUGGGGUUUAUAAUUGCGGCUGUGCCCCUAAUGAAUGAAGACGUCUUUGGAAACUACUAUGGACGUAAUGGGGUCUGCUUUCCCCUGCACUCUGACAGGCAAGAAAAACCUACCGCCAAAGGAUAUUCAACAGGGAUUUUUCUGGGUCUGAACCUGGUGGCCUUCCUGGUGAUCGCCUUCUCUUACUCCAGCAUGUUCUGCUCCAUCUAUAAAACCGGAGUCAAUGCCACAGACUUGAGGAGCAGACUGCACAGAGACGUGGCGGUGGCCAACAGAUUUUUCUUCAUAGUGUUCUCUGAUGCCCUCUGCUGGAUCCCCAUUUUUAUGAUCAAAGUCUUCUCACUAUUGGAUGUGGAGAUGCCCGGCACCAUCUCCAGCUGGGUAGUCAUCCUCAUCCUCCCCAUCAACAGCGCUCUGAACCCCAUCCUGUACACCCUGACCACCAGCUUCUUCAGAGAGCAGGUGGAAAUCUUACUCUGUCGUUGGCAGAGGAGACACAUCUUGAAAAAAGACCGCAAAAGCCUAACUUCCUCCACAAUCUACAUGGAGUCCGGGCGGCCUCCUUGCUACCAGCCACCCCCCUACCUCCAGCAGGUGUCUCUGACGGGUGCAGAUCCCCGCUACGCCUGA